AUGCCGCCACCAACUGCCAACACGGGCAUUGUCCUCAUUGACCCGUACAAUGACUUUCUCCAUCCAGAAGGCAAAAUGUACUUUGCCACAAAGGAAGAUCUUGGGCGCAAAAACACCAUUGCCCAUUUGAAAGAGCUCGUGGCAUUUGCUCGGUCGAGAAAAAUCCCGAUCUACUACGGCCUCCACCAACAGUACAAGCCUGGGUUUUUCGAUGGCUGGAAGCACAUGGCUCAUAUCCACGAAAACAUCAAGAAGACGGCUACAUUCGCCGAAGGAAGCUUCGGCGCCGAGAUCUACCAAGGACUUGAACCGAGUCUGGAGAACGGGGACGUUGUCGUGAGCAAACAUUGGAACAGCAGCUCUUUCCAAAACACGGAUCUCGAUUUUCAACUGCGUCAACGCGACAUCACGCACCUUGUUCUGGCUGGAAUGACGGCCAACACCUGCCUCGAAUCUACGGCCAGGUAUGCAUAUGAGUUGGGCUAUCACGUUACGCUCUUAACGGACGCGACCGCCGGCUUUGAUCCCAAAGCAACCGACGCGGCCACCGAAAUCAUCUGGCCGAUCUUUGCAUCCGAGGUCACAACUGUUCGAGGUUUCAUUGACAAAUCCACAUGA